GGACUCGAGCUCGUGCCACGUUCACGUUACGCUACGGUGCGUUAACCUCAAAUGUGUUCCCUGUCAUUCCUCGGUGAAGUGCUGUCCCCGCUUGGAUUCACUCGAGUAUUUGACCUGGAGUAGAAUAAUCGAAAGGAACAUAACGUUAGUUGUCAGCAUCUGUAGUAGAUCUGCAGCGUCUAAAUCUCAGAAAGAGAGAAGGGUAACGUUAGUGUUAUUUCAGUCUAAUACGGUGCAACUGCAUUAUGCAGAGUGGAGCAUUUUUUUCUCGCUCGCAAAUAAAAUAAUGGGAGAGAAAUGAGAAGGAAAACAAAAGCACAGCGAAUUCUUGACUACGAAAAUGAAGAGGACGAGGAAGAAGAGGAACAAAAAGCGGACUGCUUCAGCAACGGUGCACAGAAACGAAGAAAAAUGUUUUCCACCAAAGAAAAAGCAGAAGAAAAUAGCUCAUCCACCGCCAGGCUUCAGAAGUUAACGUUAGACAUGAAGGUUAAUGAGCUGGAUUGUUCUUCCGCAGACCUCUAUGCUGACAGUCCUCCUGCUUCUGAGUCUGAGGAGGCUCAUUUUUUACAGUCCUAUUCAAAGAAGGAGCUCAUUGCCAUAGUCUUAUGCAUGCAGAGGGAAAUGGAUGACUUGAAGGAACAACUUAGGUGCCUAACAGCAUGUGGAAAGCUAGGAAGAAACCUGGAAAUACUAAUCGAGAAGACCAAGAUGUGGUCAAAUGGGAACAACGGUACCUCUCUCGGGACUCAAGGCAUGGUGCAGGCACCUGCCGAGGUGGAUGCUGUGAUUCCAGAUGUAUGUUCUCCUCCAGCUAUUAUGAAUGGGCAAUGGCUGAAUCAGGGUCCAGGACCACAGAAACCUCACAAGGCCACUCAGAAUGCUCUGAGGGAUGGGCUCUUCACAGAGUUUAUCACUCCUGAACUUUUGGAGAGUUGUAACACAGGCACCACUGCCCAAAAACUGACCAAUGACCUUCUCCGUGGACUCUACGAGAGGGAAUGCCUGGCUUCCCACUCCAUAUCUGGAGUUGUGUACAAUAAAAGAGGCCAGCCAAAGCCUGCUCUGCCUACCGAAGAGGUCGAGGCAAUCCUGAGAACCGUUCACUAUUUCUUUCCUGGCAAGACUGAUGUAGAGAUCAAGGGCUACAUCCGACAGAAACUGCAAAACGAAGCCAAGAGACUGAGGAAGAAACCAUCACUCUCAGGCCAAUACGAGUCUAGAGGUCUCAAUCUACCAUUAGAUAUGAUCGACCAAAAUUGAAACAUAUGGUUGGUUAGUGGAUAUCAAUUGUAUGUUCUCCAUGAAGUUAGCCUUAUUCGGUGUUACUUACAUUUAAGAGUCGUGGACUGAGUGAAGUUGAUGUGCAUUGACAAUAGUCUUUAAAGAAAGUCACAACGAUCUCUUGCGGCAGCUGUUUGGCUGUUGGCAGUUGUGACGUUACAUAUGUGAAAAUGCAAAUGAGCGGUUCCAGAUAAGUCCAAGGCCCCGUCCACACGGAGAUGCGUUUCUGUGAAUACGCACACAUUUUUUAUCGGAUCGGCGUUUCGUCCACACUGAUCCGGCGUUUUCGCAAGGUGAAACCGCUAUUUUUUGAAACCGGGUCCCAAAGUGGAUAAAUUUGAAAACGCCGUCUUUGCGUUUUUGUCUGGACAGCUAAUCCGUAUAUUUUCUGAAACGAUGACGUCAUCAGCCCACGUCUCCCCCCUAGUCAGACAGCUCUACGUCAUGUAACAGCAACAAAAACAUGAACAAAACACUGAAUGAUUGUCUUUUUAUUAACUAACAUUAACAUUGAUUAAUAAAUGUAUUGUUCCAUGUUCGUUUGUGUACCACGCGCAAGGUUUAUGAGCAUAGUCCAAGUCUUCUUCUCUGUUUUUAGUGUAUCUCUGUGGCAGAAUUGCAGCGCCACAUACUGGUCUGGCAUGUAUACUACAUCAUUUUGCGGUUUCAUGUGGACGCGGAUAUUUCUUGAGACGAGGAAAAAAAAGAUCGGAUUGGGGUAAACUCCGUCUCCGUGUGGACGGGGCCCAAAUGUUGCAUUCAUGAAGGGCUUUGGCUGAAACGAGCACAGUCGAUGCUUAGAUAUUGAGAUGUUUAGAUAUUUAAUGAUGUGUCUCUGUGAACGUCUGUUUUUUUGAUACUUUGUAUUUACCAGAUGUAGGACUUCAGGACGUAACAUUGUGUGAGGAGUGUAAUAGGCUGUGACUAUUAUUUACGUUGUACAUUUUCAAUGUAUUUCUUAUUUGAUGAUGUUCUUUGGUCUAUAUGACAACAGCUUUAUGUUUGUGUUUUUUCGUUAUUAAAUACUGAAAACACA